AUGACUGAUGGAGACUAUGAUUAUCUGAUCAAACUCCUGGCCCUUGGAGACUCUGGGGUUGGAAAAACAACCUUCCUCUACAGAUACACAGACAACAAAUUCAAUCCCAAAUUCAUCACCACAGUGGGGAUAGAUUUUCGGGAAAAACGAGUGGUGUACAACAGCAGAGGACCAAAUGGAUCUCCAGGAAAAGCCUUCAAGGUGCAUCUCCAGCUCUGGGACACAGCUGGCCAGGAAAGAUUUCGGAGCCUCACCACAGCGUUUUUCAGGGAUGCCAUGGGCUUUCUACUCAUGUUUGAUCUCACCAGCCAACAGAGCUUCUUAAAUGUCAGAAACUGGAUGAGUCAGCUGCAAGCCAAUGCAUAUUGUGAGAAUCCAGAUAUUGUCUUAAUAGGCAAUAAAGCUGAUUUGUCAGACCAAAGGGAGGUAAAUGAAAGGCAAGCAAAAGAGCUGGCAGACAAAUAUGGCAUCCCCUACCUGGAGACCAGCGCGGCCACGGGGCAGCGUGUGGAGGAGGCCGUGGGCACCCUGCUGGACUUGGUGAUGAAGCGCAUGGAGCAGUGCGUGGGCAGCAGCCAGGGCCCCAGCACACCCAACGGGGCCAGCUCGGGGCAGCUGGGGCCAGGCCCGCCCCCGGAGGAGAGGAGGGGCCCUUUAGAUAUCAAUGAGCACUGA